GGUUGUUGUUUUAACUCCUCUUCAUGACUCAAAGCCGAUUAAUAUGUGAUUCAUGAGAACCGCGAAAGGGAAAAAUUGGAAUGGAAGAAGUUGUUCAAGACACUCGUAACCCUUAUUUUGAGAAAGUGAACGAUUAUAGGAAUAUUUCUCUAAACAAGGUUAAGGGAUACAUUCCUGCUCUCCAACCUCUGAUAUAGACUAAUUUUAGGAGAAAUUAUGGCCGAUGACAAUCGUACCGAAGUGUUUGUUUACGAGCAGAUUGUUAUAUUGAUAUCGUGCGCCCUGUCGCUCUUGGGAUCUCUCUUGAUUAUAUGCACAUAUAUAAUUUGGACUGAUCUGAGAACUACGCCUAGAAAACUGUUGGUCUUUUUGUCGGUCACCGAUUUGCUUUCUGCGCUUUCUUACUCGUAUGGAGUUGGGAGGAUUUUUGACUCCAAUUCAGUGGAGUGCAUUACGCAAGGAGCGAUUUCCACUUUCGCAAAUACAAGCUCCUUCUUCUGGACUGUGGCCAUUGCAGUUUACCUAUAUAUUUUCAUCGUUAAAUCAAGUCAGAGACUAGCUGACAGCCUGGUGUUGUACUUUCAUCUUAUCAGUUGGGGUGUCCCUUUGGCCAUCACUGUGGCAGCAUUGGCUUUACAAAAGAUCGGUUAUGACGCCUCAGAGGUGUCUGUGGGCUGGUGCUGGGUUAGCAUCCAAGCCCCAGACCACGUGCUGUGGAUGCUGCUGACAGGCAAGAUCUGGGAGAUCCUUGCCUACGUCAUCCUUCCCGUCCUGUACAUCCUCAUCAAAAGCCACAUCCACAAAGCUCACGCUGCUCUCUCAGAGUACCGUCCCAUCCUCCACAGCAACCCAGUGUCUAGUUCAUUCUCCGCAAUGGCCGACAGAAAACUCACUCUCAUCCCCAUCAUUUUCAUCUCUCUGCGAAUCUGGAGCACCGUGCGUUUCCUGCUCCUACUGCUGGAUUCCCCUGCAAGACAGAAUCCUGUGCUGGUUACCUUACAUGGAAUUGGAAACACUUUUCAGGGAGCUGCAAACUGCAUCAUGUUUGUGCUGUGUACCAAGCCAGUGCGAGUGAGGCUGGUAGCUUUGCUUUGCUGCAGAAGCAUCAGCAGUCAUGGAGUGACAGAAUCGCAGUCCCAGCACAGGGGUGGUGGGGACGCUCCUUCACAUGCAGAGGACAGGAACCGGCCUCAAGUGCUGGGCGAGUAGGAGGAGCACCGAGUGCAGGGCCGUUCUCGCCUUUGAUUGGUCGACUCCAAUGAUCCGCGUAUGACGUUACCAGUGAGAGUACACCAUGUUGCAGAUCUCUUUUACAGUGAAUGAAUC